CGGUGGGCCACAAUUGCUCACGCCAAAUCCAAGAGGGUUCAAUUUUGCGGCGCACACCAAUUUCUGCUUGGUUCCUCAGACCAACAACAUCGACAACAGGUUCGCCAAAAUGCCUACCAGGUUCAGCAAGACGAGAAAGCACCGCGGCCACGUCAGCGCCGGCAAGGGACGUGUCGGAAAGCACAGAAAGCAUCCCGGUGGUCGUGGUCUGGCCGGUGGUCAGCACCACCACCGUACCAACCUCGAUAAGUACCACCCCGGUUACUUCGGUAAGGUCGGUAUGCGCCACUUCCACCACCUUCACAACCACGACUGGAAGCCCAUCAUCAACGUCGACAAGCUGUGGUCCCUCAUCCCCGCCGAGAAGCAGGCCGAGUACGCCAAGGCCGGCGCCAGCUCCGACAAGAUCCCCCAGAUCGACCUCCUGUCGUUCGGCUACUCCAAGCUGCUCGGCAAGGGCCGCCUGCCCGAGGUCCCUCUCGUCGUCCGCGCCCGGUGGGUCAGCAAGGAGGCCGAGAAGAAGAUCAAGGACGCCGGCGGCGCGAUCGAGCUGGUGGCGUAAACCGGCGUUUUCUUUUUCUUUUUUCCAACAUGGGUCGUGCAUGCGCAACGGGAUGGAACCAGGGAAAAGCGAGAGAUGGCGGGGGAGCACCACAAGCAUCAAUCUCGUUUUGUUUUAACCGUUUUGAUUCCCUAUACCGGCGGAAUAAAGGCAUCGCGCAAAAGGAAAGGGAUCCUCAGUCUUGACGGCGUUUGUUGUUUUAUCUAACGAGACCACACGAAUUGAUCUCGGAGGACUGGGAAAUGAAAUGGACUUCUUUUUUUUCUCGCUCAA